AUGCCCGCCCUCUCUCCUACCAUGACCGAGGGCAACAUCGCUACCUGGAAGGUCAAGGAGGGAGAGUCUUUUAGCGCUGGUGAUGUGCUGCUUGAGAUCGAGACCGACAAGGCCAGCAUGGACGUCGAGGCCCAGGAUGACGGUAUCAUGGUCAAGAUCAUGGCUGCGGAUGGCAGCAAGGCUGUGCAGGUUGGAUCGCGCAUCGGUGUCAUUGCAGAGGCUGGCGACGAUAUCAACUCCCUCGAGAUCCCCGCCGAGCAGACCAAGGAGCAACCUAAGGAACAGUCCAGCGCCCAGGCGCCCAAGGAGGAGACUGCCCCCUCCCAAUCGAAGCCCGUCGAGCAGAAGAGCGCCAAGCCCACUGGCAACGAUACCUACGAGCACAAGUACCCUCUGCUGCCCUCAGUUCAACAUCUCGUCAAGCAGAAGGGCAUCAGCGAGGCUGAUCUCAAGAAGAUCAAGGGCACAGGCCCUCAUGGCCGACUCGUCAAGGGUGACAUCCUCGCCCAUCUCGGCAGCAUCAACCCCGAGACACCCGCCGCCAACGAGACCAACUUCAACAACUUGUUCCACCUUGAUCUUAGCAACAUCAAGGUCGCUACGACACCUGCUCCUCCUUCCAAGCCAAGCCCCGCUGAGGACACCAAGGCCGAGGAGUCCAAGGCACCUAUGCCCGAGGACCUCGAACUCUCUAUCCCUAUCACCUUGACCAAGGUUGUCGAAGUCCAGAACCGAAUCCACGAGACUCUUGGCGUCUUCCUGCCCAUCUCUACCUUUGUUGGCCGUGCCGCCGAGGUCGCCAACGAUGACCUCCCCCCUACCAAGCGUGCUCCUACAGCCAACGAGCUCUUCGAUCAAGUCCUUGGCCUCGACAAGGUCAAGGCCUUCAAUGGCACUCGCGGCGUAUACCUGCCUCAGAUCGCCGCCAUCCCUCCCCCCUCUAUGCUCUCUCACCGACCUGCACCCAAACAGGCCGAUAUUAUCGACUUCCUUGCUGCCCCCAGCAAGAAGUCUGCCCCCAAGUCCGCCACCAUCCACACAGUCCCUGGUCUGUCCAGCGGCGCCAACGUGUUCACUCUGAAGGUCCCCAAGGCCGAGGAAGAGCGAGCAUUGGUCUUCCUUGAGCGCUGCAAGGCCAUCCUUGAGCAGGAGCCUGGACGACUGGUGCUGUGA